UAGAAGCAGCGGAUUAAUUUCCUUUCUCUUUCCUCUCGUUGUGGUUCCCUCUUCCCAAACCCAAACACUGAAUUGAAGAGCUCCACGAUUAGGGUUUGAAGCUUCAAAUCGAAAAAGAAAAACCCUAAAGAAAUGGAGAUCACAGAGAAGAAGGAAACAGAGAACAGCAACAGUAAUACACAAAUGACAGCAUUUGAUUCAACAUCAUCGCACGAUGUUAUAAUCGAUAAAGAAACCGAAGAACGUCAAGCUCGUGAACUCAAAGCUGGACUGCAUCCUCUCAAGAGCAAGUUCAUAUUUUGGUACACUCGCCGAACACCAGGAGUUCGAACACAAACAUCAUACGAGGACAAUGUAAAGAAAAUUGUAGAGUUCAGUACGGUUGAAGGGUUUUGGGUCUGCUAUUGCCACCUGACUCGACCUUCUGCUUUGCCUAGUCCCACUGAUCUGCAUAUUUUCAAGGAGGGAAUCCGACCCUUAUGGGAGGAUUCUGCUAACUCCAGUGGUGGCAAAUGGAUAAUAAGAUUCAAAAAGGUUGUAUCAGGACGCUUUUGGGAAGAUCUGGUGCUUGCCUUAGUAGGUGACCAACUUGAGUAUGGCGAUAACAUUUGUGGUGCAGUACUAAGCAUACGUUUUAAUGAGGAUAUCGUGAGCAUUUGGAAUCGCAAUGCAUCUGAUCAUCAGGCUGUGAUGGCUCUAAGAGAUUCAAUUAAAAGGCACUUAAAGCUUCCACACAACUAUAUGAUGGAAUACAAGCCUCAUGAUGCUUCUUUACGUGACAACUCAUCGUAUAGGAACACAUGGUUGAGAGGGUAAGAGAGAACUCUUGAUUACUAAGCUGGAUCGGGAAUUGAAGUGCAGGGGUUUCUGUUCAAGCCCCUACUUCAUAUUUAAAAUCCUUUACAUUGUCGAGCAAUCCUUUCUGGAUUUCAACUUAACAACCUAUGGUUGUCUUCAUGUUAAACCAUAAGAUAGUUUGACUGUACUAAUGGUUGAUUCUAAUGGAAUAUUUUAUUUUC